GACGACGAGACGAACAGGCAUUGGCUAAUGAAUAUCGUCAUCGGAAGGUUUAGCAUGAGUUACCUCCGGCUAUCGUAUGCACCGCCGGAGUUAUUUCUCUUCCCUCCUUCUACUCUCUCCUUCCUCGUACACCGUCGCCACUGCUGCCGGAGACGGCUGUUUAGUAGCUUCCGCUGCUCUGCCUCCGCAAACUCGAAGAAGGAGAAAGUCAUUGUUAUAUCUGGGCCAACCGGCGCCGGAAAAAGUAGGCUCGCAUUAGAGCUCUGUAAAAAGCUUAAUGGCGAAAUCAUUAGUGCAGACUCUGUCCAGGUUUAUCAAGGUCUUGAUGUUGGAUCUGCAAAGCCUUCUAUGAGUGAAAGACAGGAAGUGCCACAUCAUUUAAUUGACAUAUUGCACCCUGCUGAUGAUUAUUCUGCUGGGAACUUCUAUGAAGAUGGGAGGCAAGCUACAAAAGAUAUUCUUAAUAGAGGCAGUGCUCCAAUAGUUACUGGAGGGACUGGUUUAUACUUAAGAUGGUUCAUAUAUGGGAAACCAGAUGUUCCAAAGGCCUCUCCAGAAAUUAGUUUGGAAGUGGAAUCCGAGCUUGCCAAUUUUGAGAGAAACUAUGACUGGGACGCUGCUGUGGAGUGGGUCACCAAAGCAGGGGAUCCAAGUGCUCAAUCAUUACCUGCCAAUGAUUGGUAUCGUUUACGUCGCAAGCUUGAAAUCGUCAAGUCUACUGGGUUACCUCCUUCAGCUUUUCCAGUACCAUAUGAAACUUUCAAAGAACAGAUUGAUUCACAUACAAAGGACCUUGACAUUGACAUUUCUACUGAAGGGAUUCUGGCUGAAAAGCAGAAGGAUUUGGAUUAUGAUUUUAUUUGCUUUUUUCUUUCAACAUCAAGAUUGGAUCUCUAUAGGUCAAUUGACUUCAGGUGUGAAGAUAUGAUUUCAGGAAAUGAUGGCAUUUUGUCCGAGGCAAGAUGGCUUCUCGAUAUGGGUCUUCAGCCAAAUUCAAAUUCUGCAACACGAGCAAUAGGUUACAGACAGGCUAUGGAAUACCUUUUAAAGUGUGAAGAACAAGGGGGCAGAAGUUCAGAACGCGACUUCUAUGCUUUUCUAUCUGAAUUUCAGAAAGCAUCAAGGAAUUUUGCAAAACGACAGUUAACAUGGUUCCGCAAUGAGCCAAUUUAUCACUGGGUUGAUGCUUCGAGACCCCUUGAAGAGGUGCUCGAGUUCAUAUAUAACGCAUACCAUGAUCAAACUGGGAAAUUAGCAGUCCCUCGAUCACUUUCAAUGAAAAAAGAUAUGUCAGAUCGACGAGAAAUUGCUCAACUAAAAAUCUAUCGACCUCAAAGAGGGCUUUUCACCAGCCACGAGGCUUGUUCGGAUGUUCUCAACUGGGUAAGUAAUAAUCAAAGGCAAAAGACCGAGUUGAUUGCUAAAUAGCUUGUGGCAUCACUGAAGUUGGUUCGUUUAUUCUCUUUUUGUGUCGGCUAAGCUCGCUUUAAAGUUAAUCAGAGCGCAAGUUUGAUCAUGAGAAGAAGUCGUGGUCUUGGACCUUGACGAUUGCUGUUAUCGUAUAACCGACGAUCUAAGUUAUGAUGCUGUUCAGAUUGCUUCACAGUUAUUAUCGAUGUAAAACAAGAAAUUUGUGAGUAAUUAAUGAUCGUAAAGUUAUUAGUGUUUUAUGGUUUUUUCGGGA